CCCAGCUACUCUGGAGGCUGAGGCAGGAGAAUCGCUUGAACCCGGGAGGCGGAGGUUGCAGCCAGCCGAGAUUGCGCCACUGCACACCAGCCAGGGCGACAGUGUGAGACUUAGUCUCAAAAAAAAAAAGUGAUGUUAUUGUUAAAAGUAACUUUCUGCCGGGCGCAGUGGCUCAUGCCUGUGAUCCCAGCACUUUGGGAGGCCGAGGCGGGCGGAUCACAAGGUCAGGAGAUUGAGACCAUCCUGGCUAAUACGGUGAAACCCGUCCCUACUGAAAAUACAAAAAUUAGUUCAUCUGGGCGCGGUGGCUCACGCCUGUAAUCCCAGCUCUCAGGGAGGCAGAGGCGGGAGGAUAGCUUGAGCCCAGGAGUUCGAGACCUGCCUGGGCAAUAUAGCAAGACCCCGUUCUCCACAAAAAGGAAGACAAAAAAAAUAAUAAGCAUAAAAAUUAGUUCGGCGUGGUGGCGUACUCCUGUAGUCCCAGCUACUCGGCAGGCUGAGGGGCAGGAGAAUCGCUUGAACCCGGGAGGUGGAGGUUGCGGUGAGCUGAGAUCGCGCCACUGCACUCCAGCCUGGGCGACAGAGUGAGACUCCGUCUCAAAAAAGAAAAAAAAAGGUAGCUUUCCACCAGGCGCGGUGGUUCACGCCUGUAAUCCUGGUACUUUGGGAGACCAAGUUGGGGGCGGAUAGCUUGAGCUCAGGAGUUCGAGACCAGCCUGGACAACGUAGUGAAACCCUGUCUUUACAAAAGAAUACAAAAAUUAGCCGGGUGUGGUGGUGCGCGCCUGUAGUCCCAGCUACUUGAGGGGCCGAGGCGGAAGAUCACUUGGGCCCAGGAAGCGGGGGUUGCAAUGACUCAAGCACUCCACUUGGAGGACUGCACUGCUGUCCUCCAAGGUUGGGUUGGGGAAUGGGGUCUGGAGAGGUAGUUCUGAGGCCCCAGUUCCUUUCUCAAAAAAAAAGUCACUUAAGUGAGGCCUCUGCAGUGUAACUGCAUAUUUCUGGCUCUGGGAAAAGAGGCAAGAGUUCCAAUCGCUACUCCUUAAACUCGGAAAGGGGCCUUUGGGUUUCUAAGCUCAGUGUCACAUAUAACAGAUGCCUUCGUUAAAGCAGUGUUUAUUUUUUAUAGAGCAGUGUUUAUUUUAUGUCUAAUUUAAAGAGACAGGGUCUCACUAUGUUGCGCAGGCUGGAGUACAGUGACGCAAUCAUGGCUCACUGCACUCUCGAACUCCUGGACUCAAGGGAUCCUACCCCUUCACCUUCCUGAGUAGCUGGAACCACAGGCGCGCGCCACCCCGCCUGGCUUGAAUUUCGUUUUUAGCCAGAGUUGGCUGGCUCUCGGUAUCGGCACGACAAGAGAUGCUAGUUUAAAAAGCGCAGAAACAGGAACCUGCAUUUUCCAGCCUAAGGCAGACGCAGUUGCAGGAAUCCCUGUAAGCGGGUCGAUGUUCUGUAUUAAGCCAGUGACUGACUUCCUCCGCGCGCUUCCGGUGGGCGCAUAAACGUCAUCAGACAGCGCCGGAAGUACCCUCGUGCUGCCUAGGAGACAAGACGCGAGGCAGGCAGCGCCCACCCGGUCGCCAUGGAGCUUCCCCUAGGGCCGUGCGAUGAUUCCCGCGCCUGGGACGAUGACUCGGACCCAGAGUCAGAGACAGACCCAGACGCGCAGGCCGAGGCCUAUGUGGCCCGCGUUCUCAGUCCUCCAAAAUCCGGGCUGGCGUUCUCGCGCCCCUCGCAGCUAUCCACGCCCGCCGCGUCCCCGAGCGCUUCGGAGCCUCGGGCCGCGUCCAAGAUUUCGGCCGUAAGUGAGCCAGGCCUUCUGAGCCUUCCCCCGGAGCUGCUGCUCGAGAUCUGCUCCUACCUGGACGCCCGUCUCGUGCUCCACGUCCUGUCGCGGGUGUGCCACGCGCUGCGCGACCUCGUGUCUGACCAUGUCACCUGGAGGCUACGCACGCUACGCCGCGUACGCGCGCCCUACCCAGUGGUGGAAGAGAAGAACUUUGACUGGCCGGCAGCCUGCAUUGCGCUGGAGCAGCACCUGUCCCGCUGGGCAGAGGAUGGGCGCUGGGUUGAAUACUUCUGCCUGGCCGACGGGCACGUGGCUUCUGUUGACUCAGUGCUGCUGCUCCAGGGUGGGUCACUCUGUCUGUCGGGCUCCCGAGAUCGCAACGUCAACUUGUGGGACCUGCGGCAGCUGGGGACGGAGUCCAACCAGGUUCUGGUCAAGACCUUAGGCACUAAGCGAAAUAGUACCCAUGAGGGCUGGGUGUGGUCACUGGCAGCACAGGACCACCGCGUGUGCUCCGGCUCCUGGGACAGCACAGUGAAGCUCUGGGACAUGGCAGCGGAUGGGCAGCAGUUCGGCGAGAUAAAGGCCAGCUCAGCCGUGCUGUGCCUCUCCUACCUGCCUGAUAUCCUGGUGACUGGCACCUAUGACAAGAAGGUGACCAUCUACGACCCCAGAGCCGGCCCAGCCCUGUUGAAGCGCCAGCAACUACACUCCAGACCCGUGCUGACCCUGCUGGCGGAUGACCGGCACAUCAUCUCAGGCAGCGAGGACCACACCCUGGUGGUGGUGGACCGCCGAGCCAACAGCGUCCUGCAGCGUCUGCAGCUGGACUCCUACCUGCUCUGCAUGUCCUACCAGGAACCCCAGCUCUGGGCUGGUGACAACCAGGGCCUGCUGCACGUCUUCGCCAACCGCAACGGCUGCUUCCAGCUUAUCCGGUCCUUUGAUGUGGGCCACAGCUUUCCUAUCACUGGGAUCCAGUACUCAGUGGGAGCCUUGUACACCACAUCCACUGACAAGACCAUCCGGGUGAGGCUCCUGCCCAGCCCCCACCCCAGGACAGUCCCUGCCCCUCCCCUACCUCCAUCAGCCAGGGGCACACCUCUUGACCUCGCCCAUUGCCCCUCACUAGGUGCACGUGCCCACAGACCCACCAAGGACCAUUUGCACCCGAAAGCAUGACAAUGGGCUCAAUAGGGUAAGGUCCUGCCCCAUGUGCCCUGCCCAGCUGGCCAGAGCGCCAUUGUCCCUGACUCCUCAUGUUCCUCCCCCUUCCCAGGUCUGUGCUGAGGGCAACCUAGUGGUGGCCGGCUCUGGAGACCUGUCGCUAGAGGUCUGGAGGCUGCAGGCCUGAGCAGGUGGACAUGGAUGUGGACACUGCCUACCGGAGGCUGGGCUUCCUCCUCUGUUCUUGGGGGACCAUCCCCAAUGUUGGUGCUGCCUCCGCCCCUGCCCCGUGGGCCUAGGGCACAAGGAGUCCCGGCCACAUUCGGGUGAGGGUCCUAUGCCCGGGGGAAGGGUGAAAUUGGGGUUCAGGCCCACCCAGGGGGCCGCUCCCCACUCUUGGGCUCUGGUUUUGUUAUGAUUUGGAUGCCCUGCUCUCAGGUGAGAGCGAAGGAGAAAUAAACCUGACAUGUUGGUGCUUGGGCCUGAA